AUGGCUACCUCCACCAAGUCUGACCUGCGACAACAGGCCCCAGAAGACAUCUACUACACCUCGCACACACUGCACCCAGGCUAUGCGCGCUUCCACCGAUACGAGGACAUCGACUAUAUCAAGACGUAUGUCGACAUGUGUCUGGCCAAGAUUCCCGGCAUGGCGAUCAUCGACAUCCUCUCGAGGGAGUUCACCGACAUCCUAGGCGUGCUGACGGAGGCGAUCGAGUACAGCUGGUGGCGGACCAAGAAGGAGGAGUCGCGGGUCUACCGCUUCCGCAAGCCGAGCGACACGCUCGACUACAUCGUCCUCCUGAUCGACGACGUCAUGGCGCUGCCUGAUGCUCAGCAGGCGGCCGUGAAGGCCAAGCUCCAGAAACAGAUCCGGAGCCACGAGGACGCGCUGCACGAAGGACUCAAGUACCUCGAGCAGCAGCGCGCGAGUCAGCGCGUCGGAGACCAGCUGCCCGCGUACCCCGGUCCGGUGCGAGCAACAGCAUCAACGGCCAAGUGA